UUGAGGCUAUAAGGCUUAGUGUAAUCCUUAUGUUUAAAAAACGUACAGAAAGCAAUCUAAUCACUGUUUUUUCCGAAAAAGAAGCGUUCAUCUCAGGUAUCUGCUUCCACCACCUCCUGCUCAACGAAGAGGACUCUUCAUCUGUCGUCUCUGUACCAUACUAGGACUGCUACUUCUGAUCGGUGGAGCUGUAUCAAUCAUCGUCGGUUACACUUGGCCUCAUGAAGGUGUCGAAGAAAGCAUAUACAAAAUCGUUAUCUACGAGGUAAUCUCUAUUCCAAUUUCUUAUUAA